CGUGUUUGUUGUUAUGACAUUUCUAAGACUGAAGGUUUAUGAUUGACCGAGUCCCAGUGAAGAGUCGUGAUGCCGCAGGUGGUGGAUGAGACAGCUGGGGAUCUCCCGGUCAGAGAUGUGGGACUGAUGAGGGGUGGACUGAUGCCAACUGCUCCAGAUACUCUACGUGAUGUGAAACCAUGGAAGAAGCACCAUGUCAUGAAGACAAAGGAUCCUCAGCGCCUGUUUCGGUUUCCCAGAGAGCACCUGGAAGACCUGUGUCUCAGACUGCAAGAGGAAAACAGUGUGCUGAGGCAACACACACGUACACAGGAGCAAAGGCUACGCAGGAUGUCCACCAGACUGAUGCGUCUUCGUCAGACCUGUCCAGGGUCCAGCGGUUUGAAGGAGAGGGACAUGGAGGACACCAUACAGGAGCUGGAAGCCCGUGUGACUUUGCUGGAGAGCCAGAAAGGAGCACUACAGAACAAACUCAGCAUGGCCAAGCAGCACAUCAUGGACCUUGGGGGGCGCACGCCGUACAGAUUCUGUAAAGGUAAAAAUAUGGAAAUGGAGGGAGGAAUUAGGAGGGCAGCACAGACUGCCCCGCCCCGCUAUGGCCCUAUGUUGGAAGACACCAGGACAGAGAUGGAGAGAUUCAGGUCCAGUGUGACAGAACAGGUGAGGAUCGCAGAGUUGGAGCUGACUGCUCAGGCGCUCAGAGAUACGAUGAGAGACAAAGAGAAGGAGAUUGAGGGAACUGUGAGAGAAAUCAAGAAGCAACAGGCUGACAGGCUCAGAAUAACAAUCAGAGAGAACGUGGAUCUGAUCCGUCUACAAAAGCAGCUUUCAGAAAAGAGUACUGCUCUUAGAGUCACCCAGCAGAAGUUCGACAACCUGCAAGAGGUGUAUGAGAAUCAGCUAGAGGAGAGUCAGAGAUCGCUAAAGGAGAGCCAGGGAGCUCUGCUGGAGAAGGUGGAGGAGCUGACUGAGCAGCUGAAGCAGGAGAGACAGAGAGCCCUGGCUCUGGAAGGACAGCUUACCACCUCUACCCUGUCUCUACAGACCCUGGACAAGCUACAGGAAAGGAUAUCAGACCUGGAGGGAGAGAGGGAUCUAAUUAAAGAAAACUAUGACACUCUGCUGGAAAGUACUCUAUCUGUGCAAACCAACCAUGAUGGUCAGAUGGACAAACAUGGGGAAGUGUAUGAGAAGAGAGAGAAACAGGGGGAAAAUGUUGACGGGCUGGACAUCCAGAGACUGGAGGAGAGGUUGCAGGCGGAGAGGGAAAAGAGAGGGAGGCUGGAGAUGGAGAUGGAAAAACUGAGACGAGAGAGGGAGGAGCAAAAGGAGAGAGAAAGGGAGUUUUCUCUGAUGACGAGAGACAAACAAGAGCAUCUUGAACGGGAUGUUCUCAAGUACAAGGAGCAGGUUUCAUCUCUGCAGGAAAGACUGGAUGCUGUCACUAAGGAGUUUGACAUGAGUGUUGAGGAGCUCAGUGAAACUCUUCUGCAGAUCAAGGCAUUUAGGUUGCAGCAGGAGAGCAAGAUGGGUCUUCCUUUUGUCUGGGCUGAGGGGAAGGUGGAGGAUUCACCUCGUGACCUGGCAAACAUCCAGGCGUCUCUUGCUGAGACUGUGCUGGAAUUACAGAAAACCAGAAACCUUCUACUGCUGGAGCACCAGAUCAGUAAUGGCUUGCAGGAAGAGCUGAACACAGUCAACCAAAAGAUGGAGAGUGAGAGGGAGGAGGCCAAGCGGAGGAUGGCAGAGAAAGACAAACUUCUAUCAAAAAGAGCUCUUCAGAUCAACACUUUACAAGCUCAGCUGAAGGAGUUAGCAUACAGACCCAGGAACUACAAACGGACCAUACCAAUCCAGUACACAUGGCCAGCUGGAGACCAGGAGAUGGUACAGCUCAUUGAAGAUGACAUGCCCUUUUCCCAGCUGAGGGCUGGGGAGUCGCUGUUGGAGAUCCACCUUAAGGCUGCCACCUUCACCCCAGCAGGGCUUCGUACUAUGGGCAGCAUCCGUCCUGGAGUGGAUGGACGUGAAGACAUUGUGACCUUCUGCACGUACAGCCUGUUGGACUUUGAGGUGCACUCCACUCCUCUGGUGUCAGGCAGCCAACCCAACUACAGCUUCACUUCCCGCUAUGCUCUAACACCUCGAGAUGUGGGCAGGCUGGGAGGUCAGGGGUCAAGGGUCGGAGUGGAGCUCCACCAGGCACUAGGGGGGGUCAGGUUUGUGACACAUGGAAGUGGGCAGAUGUCCCUCAUGAAUGCCAUGGAAAUGAGAGGGGAGCGCAUCAGUGGACACAUCAAUAUCACAGGCUCUGAGGGUGAAAUCGUUGGUGUUGUGGAUUUCUGGGUGCGACUGUUCAGUCCUGCAGUGCCAGUAGACCCUGUGGUAGAAAGACGAGCUGACAGGAGAACAGCUGCACAGAAGAGUCCUGUGCAGAUCUCUCUUGGCUGGCAAGACAAUGGACAUGAGGAGUUACAUGACUACGGUAGCGGGAUCCCCAAUGAGUUGGUGGUUACGUUGGAACACUGUGUGGGCCUUAGUGCUCGCUGGCCUGGACUUCUUCCUGAUGCCUACCUGACGUACAGGUUCUACGACCUGCCGCCUCACGUCUCUCAAACAGCCCCAUGCACUGCUGACCCGGUGUUCAAUGACACCACCUGCUACCCGCUAGCGGUAACAGCUGACGUGUUGCACUACCUGAGAUCCAGCAGCUUGUGGGUCUAUGUGUUUGAUGACGGUGACGACCAGAUACCACCAGCCUAUCUGGCCAAGACCCCUGUACCACUGCGAGCCCUGGCUACAGGCAGGGAGAUCAGAGGUGACUAUGUCCUGAGAGAUCCAGCUGGUGGACCUCGAGGCAUGGUCAGGAUCAUGAUGAAAUGGAAAUACCCCUUCCACUCAUCGGUGGACACUUUAUUGGGUACACAAGGAAGACAGGGCAGAGAAAUGGAAGACACUGAGAGGGAGGAGAGGAGGAGGGAGAAAGCUGAAGUGUCACAGAGGCCCAUAGCCAAGCCCAGAGUGAAGACGAAGCUGCUUGAGAGAGAAACCAAAGUAGUGCAGAAAGAGACUAAAGCCUGGCCUCAGCCUCCUCCUGCCAAACAGAAAAGUUCAGAGAAAACACAACCAGAGAAAAGCACCUCUGUGGCUCCUCGCCAGUCCACAGACAGGAAGAGAUCCACUAAGAGGUCACCUGACCUUCACCAGCGCACACCCCUUCUGACACCUGAGCCAAGACUAGCCACGCCCUCUUAUUUGCCAACAACAAGAUCUUCAGUGGGAACAUCUUCCAGACAAUCACCCACCACGCUGUCAAGAAGAAGCUCGGACAGUGAUGCCAAGAUUCAGGACCUUCCCUCCAUGGAUCAGGUGUCAAUGGAUGAAGAGGAGGAGGGAGAGGAGAAGAGUGAGAGCGCUGCUGCAGCAGACAGUGAUGCCCCGGAGUCUUCUGAGUCAGGUUCCUCACAAAGCGACAUUAUCAUCAUUCCACCGAAGCAAAAAAUGAGAAAGGGAGACAAGCUGAGGGUCGAGAUUCUGUCCCUGACGCUUGAACCGUCCUCUAACGUAGCGCUGGACAAGUCAGUGCAGCGUGUUUAUGUGGAAUAUCGGCUGUUUGGCGUCCCGAUGGAGACGACGGAAACGCCCAUGUCCCUCCGCAAACCCACAGAGGGGGAGGAGAUUCACUACAACUUCACACGAGUGAUUUAUGUGGAUGGCUCACAGUCAGCGCCUCUCAGACAGUAUCUUUACACCAUGUUGGAGGGCAGUGACCCCAACCAGGGCAGGUUAAAGUUCACAGUGGUCAGCGAGCCGAUGGACGAUGACGAGGACUGUGUGGAUGUUGGACAUGCUUUUCUGGACCUACAGGAACUGCUCCUCACAGGAAAUGAUGUCAUCGAACAACAAAUUGACAUCGUGAGUGUGGAUGAAGACAAGGAAGUGAUUGGAAAUCUUAAAGUGUCUCUGGAAGCAGCGAAAGCUCUCACUGGGAUUUACCAGGAGUUUCACCAGAAAAGCGAGACCAAGAGAGAAGAUGAGACAGAUGAAGAGGAGGAGGAGGAGGAAGAGGAAAAGGAAGAGGAGGAGAAGGAAGUCGUGAAGCAAGAGGAAGAGAAGACAAAAGAUCAGAUUCAAAUGACGGAUUAUGAUGAUGAGGAGAGCGACUUCUACUGAAAGCAGUUUGUAUGAGAUGAACAGAAAAGUUGUGUUAUCCUCCAAUAAAGACGCAUUUUUCAUAGACA